GGUAUAUUAUUCUGAUUCUUGUUUUUCUGCAUUGCAAAAAUUAUUUACUUUAUGAAUCACACCAAAUAAUCUGUUUUUCUUUUGUUCCUAGGCAAAUACUGUGGUCUGGGGUUGCAAAUGAACCAUUCAAUUGAAUCAAAAAGCAAUGAAAUUACAGUGCUAUUCAUGAGUGGAAUCCAUGUUUCUGGACGAGGAUUUUUGGCCUCAUAUUCGGUUGUAGAUAAACAAGAUCUAAUUACUUGUUUGGACACUGCAUCCAAUUUUUUGGAACCUGAGUUCAGUAAGUAUUGCCCACCUGGUUGUCUGCUUCCUUUUGCUGAGAUAUCUGGAACAAUUCCUCAUGGAUAUAGAGAUUCCUCACCAUUGUGCAUGGCUGGCGUGCAUGCAGGAGUAGUGUCAAAUAUUUUGGGUGGCCAAAUCAGUGUUGUAAUUAGUAAAGGUAUCCCGUACUAUGAAAGCUCUUUGGCUAACAACGUCACAUCUGUUGUGGGACACUUAUCUACAAGUCUCUUUACAUUUAAGACAAGUGGUUGUUAUGGAACACUGGGGAUGGAAUCUGGUGUGAUUGCAGAUCCUCAGAUAACAGCAUCAUCUGUACUGGAGUGGACUGACCACACAGGGCAAGAGAAUAGUUGGAAACCUGAAAAGGCCAGACUGAAAAAACCUGGACCUCCUUGGGCUGCUUUUGCCACUGAUGAAUAUCAGUGGUUACAAAUUGAUAUGAAUAAAGAAAAGAAGAUAACAGGCAUUAUAACCACUGGAUCCACCAUGGUGGAGCACAAUUACUAUGUGUCUGCCUAUAGAAUUCUGUACAGUGAUGAUGGGCAGAAAUGGACUGUGUACAGAGAACCUGGUGUGGAGCAGGAUAAGAUAUUUCAAGGAAACAAAGAUUAUCACCAGGAUGUGCGAAAUAACUUUUUGCCACCAAUUAUUGCACGUUUUAUUAGAGUGAAUCCUACCCAAUGGCAGCAGAAAAUUGCCAUGAAAAUGGAACUGCUUGGAUGUCAGUUUAUUCCUAAAGGUCGUCCUCCAAAACUUACACAAUCUCCACCUCUUCGGAAUAGCAGUGACCUCAAAAACACUACAGCCCCUCCAAAAAUAGCCAAAGGUCGUGCCCCAAAAUUUACUCAACCACUACAACCUCGCAGUCGCAAUGAAUUUCCUGCACAGACAGAGCAAACAACUGCCACUCCUGAUAUCAAAAAUACUACCGUAACUCCAAGUGUAACUAAAGAUGUAGCGUUGGCCGCAGUUCUUGUCCCUGUGUUAGUCAUGGUUCUCACUACCCUCAUUCUCGUAUUAGUGUGUGCUUGGCACUGGAGAAACAGAAAGAAAAAAACUGAAGGCACCUAUGACUUACCUUACUGGGACAGGGCAGGUUGGUGGAAAGGAAUGAAGCAGUUUCUCCCUGCGAAAUCAGUGGAACAUGAGGAAACUCCAGUUCGCUACAGUAGUAGUGAAGUUAAUCACUUGAGUCCGAGGGAAGUCACCACAGUGCCGCAGACCGACUCUGCAGAGUAUGCACAGCCUCUUGUGGGAGGAAUUGUUGGUACACUUCAUCAGAGAUCUACCUUUAAACCAGAAGGAGGGAAAGAAGCAGGCUAUGAAGACCUAGAUCCUUACAACUCGCCAGUGCAGGAGGUUUAUCAUGCUUACGCUGAACCACUUCCAGUUACUGGGCCCGAGUAUGCAACCCCAAUCGUCAUGGACAUGUCAGCUUCAGUUGGUCUGCCCUCCACAUCUACUUUCAAAGCUGCGGGGAACCAACCUCCCCCAUUAGUGGGAACUUACAAUACACUUCUCUCCAGGACGGACAGCUGCUCCUCAGCUCAGGCCCAGUAUGACACCCCAAAAGGUGGGAAGCCAGGACCUAGUGCCCCAGAUGAAUUGGUGUACCAGGUGCCACAGAGCAUGCAAGAAGUAUCAGGAGCAGGAAGGGAUGGAGAAUGUGAUGUUUUUAAAGAAAUCCUUUGAAGGUGAUGCUGCUUUUUACAAAGCAUCGUUUUAAAGCACAUGGCCUUUUUUUUUUUUUUUUUUUAAUUAUUAGUGGUAGUAAUAUAUAGAAUGUAUUAUAUAUCUGUCACUGAGGUGGUUGGGGAAAAUGUGGUGACCAAGGUACAGGAAACUACUAAUCUUGCCAUCUUGCUUUAAAGGUGUUACCGUGGAACAGUUACAGCUUGCCUGUUAAAUUUCAAACAUCCUGUUUGUUACUACUGUAAAACACUAUUUUUAAUACAGAAAACAGUCCCUUUAAUGCACUUCAAAGAUUAAAAAUCACUGAGAGUAUUUAUUACCAAUGCUGCAGGUACUUUAAUGAAGUCAAGAAAUGGCUCUGUAAGCCUGACUGGCAAUAAUGCAUGGUACUGUUCUUGAAAUAUCUAAUGGCUUGAAAUACUACUCUUUGUGAAAGGUGGGUACUAUUAUGAUUUCUUCCUCUUCUAUUCCUAUAUUGCUUUCUGGAUUUCCUUUUUUUUUUUAAAGUGAUAUAAGCAUUGUUUUGAUUGCAGCCAUAUACACUCCUUAGGAAGACCUAAAGCUGGGAAACUGUGACUUGUAGUGAGCAGGAUGAUUGACUUUUUUCACUGUUGACACUCUUAAGAGCUUUGACACUUCAUGGUACGUGACCAGUGACCUGGUCUCUUCCCUGAGCUCCUUGGUGACUAGCCCCAUUCUUGUGUUUAUGUUCGUUUGGACUUUUUUCAGUGGAUGAUGCUUGCUGUAUCAGUCUCAUGGAUUCAGAUCCUCUGAGGUCUUUAAGUAUACUUCUCUAUGUGGAAACAGAACAACUUUACAAUUUAGAAAAACUGUAUAGGAGACUCUCCCCCAUAUCCCAACUUUAUUUGCAAAGACUUUUCCAAGGAGAGUUGUGAAAAGUUGAGGGCUUUUAAGUGUACUCUGUAAACAUGACCCACGUAUAUUUAUCACAGUGAAAGGCACAAUAAUUCAUUCAUAAGUAAUAUAAAUUGCCUUAAAAAACAAAAUAAUCAGAAUUUGUUCUCCUUGGUUUUACAUACACACAUACACAAACACAUGAAUU